UGGCUUCAUAGCAAUCGGACUGAGGGAUGUUCUUUGGAUGCCAUGGACUUGGCGGCUGCAAAUGGACACCUCGACAUAGUACAAUGGCUACAUGCUAAUCGUUCCGAGAGCUGUUCAACAGCUGCGAUGGACGGAGCUGCUCCAGGAGGACAUUUUGAGCUGGUGAAGUGGCUUCAUUCACACACGAGUGCUGGGUGCACUACAUAUGCGAUGGGCUUUGCUGUCCCGAUGGGGCAUUUCGAUGUUGGCAAGUGGCUACACUGAAGGCUGCACCACUGCGGCAAUGGAUGGUGUAGCCGAGAACGGCCAUUUGAAAAGUGUUACAUGGCUUUACACACUGAGAAAAGAAGGUUGUACACACGAAGCAAUGGAUUUGGUAGCUAUUAAGGGCCAUUUGAACGUCGUGAAGUGGCUACAUCGACAUCGAAGCGAGGGCUGCUCACAUGAGGCAAUGAUUGAUGCUGCGAUAGGUAACCACGUACACGUCAUAGAGUGGCUACAUUUGAAUCGCCAGAAGAUUGCACUGCUCCAGCUAUUGAUCAGGCUGCAUUGCAUGGCGCGUUUCAAGCCGCACUCUUUCUUUCCCGGGUGCGAAAUGAACAGGUGAGCCCGGAGGUGCGAUCCAACAUCACAGUUAAUGAGUCUCGGGUUUUCUUGAGCUUAUUUCUGAAAACCGUUGAGAAUCGGACUAAAUAGAACUUGCAUAGAAAUUUGGAAAAUAUG